AUGUUCUCUCAUUCUUUCUCGAAGGCUACUUCGUCUGAAGUGUUACCCGAGCUGUCUAUCCACAAUCACCAGCGAAACUCCAGGUUGGUGGUCAUGAGGGCAAGUGACUAUGGAACGACGCGCUUUCAACAAACUAUUCGUCGCGUAAGCUUCAGAUCAGAUGCGCUUCAGAAUAUUUGUCAUCAGCCCUCGAUGCAUAAUGCUGCGUUCGGUUUGAAAGCAUCACACAAGGAGCUUAUAACGAGAUCUUCCUUCCUGAGAUCGACAAUGGACGUGAGGCCAUUGCACGCAUCGCUUGCAUACCAUAGGCAAUGUACACUUGUCCACAGCCAGCGAAGUAGCCGUACGAGACGCUAUCGUGCAUCUCACUUCGUGCGUUCUGGCUUGGAGCAGGCAGUAGGGUCGGAUUUCAUCCUCAUAGAGCGUAUAGAUGGCGUGGCGCUGGAGGAACGAUGGCUCGAUACUUUCAAAGAAGACAUCGGUGCGGUGAUUCGGGAAAUGCUGUUCCUCGAUCUGGGUCUUCAUCAGCGGCCGUUUUCGCAGAAUGGGAGUUUGUUCUUCAAGAAGAGUGUUAGCCCGGAGCUGCAGAGCUGGCUCUAUGCGAGGGAGAGGGAUAGUGAAGAGCCUGCUGCUGGGAGAUACAGGAUUGGUCCUGUCGUUGAUAAGCAGUAUUGGUUCAAUGAGCCUGACCACGCUUGGACGGAUAUGGCAUCUUACAUUCAAGUCACUUGCCGUCUAGCACUUGGGCGAGCCCAAUCUCUACCUUCCGACUUCGCGGAACUCUGUCAGCUGUUGCAACAGUGCAUAUCAAUGGCACCUCACAUUAACCUACCUGAGCGUGGGCUGACAGUCCCUUAUCUCAUUCAUCCCGACCUCUUGCGGUCGAACGUGAUCGUCAAGCCCUCUGAAGCAGCCAAUGUCAUCUCAUACAUCGACUGGCAGCAUGCCGUUUCUCUUCCUUACUUUCAGAACACCAGGCUCCCCCAGAGGCUAUUCUUCGUGAGGGAACACUGGUCCCUAUGCCUGACGAACCCUUCUCUCUAUCGGAAAUUCCUUCAGACUUUCCGCCAGAACUCAAGGGACUGGCUGACCUUGAGUGGAGACUCGCCAGCCGACAGCGAGACAUGUCAAAGUGUUGUUGCAAAGGCUUCCUUUGCGUUUGCAGGCCGCGUGUCUCCUGCAAGGGGACCUAUUCACUUCUCUCCCUGA